AUGGCAAAUAAUGAAGGCACAAAGGAAAAAUGGUUAGAGGUGGAGGUGUGUUUAAUGAACUGGUCGGAUCAACAGAAGAAAUCGUCUGGUCUUUUAGCUGCUAACGAAGUGAACAUGAUUAAUAUGAUGAUCAAAGUGGAUACGGGAUGCAGCGAGCUAGCCCUGCCUAAAUCCCUGGUUGAGAAGCUGAAUUUGGAUUAUGUGGAUACGGUACUAGUGUCAUCCAGUACCGAUAAUAAUGUAUCAAUCAAGCGACAUGGGCCGGUGAUUAUCUGUUGGAACGAGCUGAUCGCUGAAGCUUUAGCUUACUGCAUGCCAUCAUUGGAUGCAGCACUAUUAGGUGUGAAACCACUGUAUCAAUUUAUGCCUGAUUUUGACCGGAUUAAAAACAGUCUCAAAUCGAGUAUUUAUUCUUUUCCUCACAAGCAGUACCAUAUCAACUUCAAUGAAAUUGAUAAGAUAAUCGGUUCUGAUGAUAAGAUUGAGUACUUCGCAAAAGAACAUAAUGUGAAAAUUCAUAUCACAAACGAAGGAGGCAGCAAAAUGGUGCUUAUUAUUUGUGCAAAUCGUCUGGAUGUUGAUAUUGAUCAGGUAGCACAAGCUGUUGCACAUUUUGCACCAAGUUUGAAACCAAUUUAA